AUGUGGAGCCCGCCUGGUGAAUAUGGUGUCCCAAGGAACAUUACGAUAGAAGAGAUUGUGGACGAUUACUGCAUCCUACCAUCUCAAGCUACUUCAGGACACGUCAAGGGCCCAAACACCAGUAACACAAUUAAAAUUGUGUUAUGGGCUGCCGAACAUCUUCCUCCAAUAACUGUCAACCCUCAAACUUCUGCAUAUUCGGGAGAAAGGCCUAGCGCUUCAGCAGGUGCGAAUGUAGCAGCACCUCUUCUUGACCCCACUCCGUUCAUCACGCGCGGGCGCUCUGAAACCGAUCUUGGCCUCUCCCCUCCGAGCUCGCUGGUGGGGGCAAAGGGUCAAGGCACCGACCCUCUCUGGAUGGUCCGUCCUCUCACUGCCGUAUGUUCAUGGGAACUGGCCAAAGGGCUGGCUGCUGCGAUUCUGGACGCACCUCGUGCCAACUCUUCCGUCACCACCCACGACUCCAGCCCCGCCUCCCCGGAAUGA